GCUCGGCCACGCCAACCAAAUACCGCACGGCGAAGGAAGACGGUGACUUCGUGGAAGCUUUGCCCUUCACUUCGACUCGAAACAAGAGCAUCUCCGGAUUGAACUAGGACAUAUCGUCAUGCAGCAGCUGAAUGAUGACGUUUGCUGCGCGGAUAUCUCGACAUGGAAUUUUGGGUUAGCAGAUGGUUUUCGCGACGUGCUUUCGGAGGACACGACCGACGACUUCUCAACCGCUUCGUUGUCCUCUCACCCAGGGCCGGGUGGUCGGGGGACGCCGACGAACACGUGCGACUCGGACUCCGACAUGCGCAUUGAGCUGCCGAGCUGCAGCACGCAGCAGCGUCGCAAGCGCAAGCCAAACCACUUCAACAGCGCUUGCAUAUCGACGAGCAGCGCGUCGUCGCGUCAGACAAAGUUGGUGAGUCCCUCCAGCCCGUCUCGUUCGUGCAACCGCGAUGGUCGUCAUCCGCACGUGAUCCGGAUUCGCAACCACACCGGGUUGUCACACCAGAGAGCGCGCAAUAACGGCAGGUCGUUCGUUGCCUCCGAUUCCGGUCUGGACGGUGAUCAAUACGCCGACGAUGAAGAGGAAGAGGAAGAGGAGUCUCCAUCUCCACUCUUCACGCCCGCAUCACAAUCAUUCGAGCAAAUCAUUGCCGGCGCAAACCGGGACAACUCGCUCAAGCCAUUUCUGCAGAUAGUCGAGCAGCCGGAGAAGUGCUAUCGUGCGAGAUACGCAUGCGAGGGCUGUCGAGGUCCAAUCAAGGGUCGGACCCCGGAAACGGCAGGAGCGAGCACGUUUCCAACAGUGAAGGUGAUGAAUUACUGUGGAACUGCUAUGAUGACCGUCCAUCUGGUCACUGUGUCUGGUGAUCCCCAUUACCACAUCAUCGUCCCCGGAUCGAGUCAGAGCAGCAAGGCCCAGACAAUCACAGCCGACAGCAUUCCGGCUCUUCAACUGACUAUAACACCCGAGGACGACAUGAAGGCAAUUUGGGAUAACUUGAGUAUUCGACGUCUUCGACGUUGGGAGGGAGACAGGAAGCUAAGAAAUCGGGGUGUUGACCCCGCCACAUGGCAGAAGGAGAGAGUUCAAGCUGCUCUGAUGUUUCAAGCAUCGAUCUUUACUCCAGAAGGAGUGAAGCUAAUCAAAGUCAUGUCAGAACCCAUACAAUGCACCUCUCCUCAGGGUUCGCCCGAAAUAUCGUGGAUUAGUCACGAGUCGGGGGGUGUUAACGGCGGCAACGAGAUCGGUUUGAUUGGAUUGCGAUUCAACCGAGGAUUCAAAGUCCGAUUCUAUUCUGAGGAUUGGGAGAUGAAUGCGAAUGUGGAUCGAAACAAGUCCAACACGGGUGGAGCUGUUGUUAUCGUGCCAUCGUAUAAGGAUCAGGGUAUUAUGGAGCCGGUCAAGGUGUGCAUUGAGGUUAAAAUUGGACCGGACAGGAAUCCGAUUUGCAGUGAUCCGGUGGAGUACACGUAUCUCCCGCUUGUUGAAUUGUCGGAAGUUGUGACUCAGCAGGUGCCAUGUCCACAGUCACGAGAUCGCUCUCCAUCAUCGCUCUCAUCAUCACCUCAUGUCUAUUCAACCGAGCAGCCUCAGUCCAGUCCCAUCAGUUACUCAAACUUCUUUGAUACUUAUCUGUCCACCUCACCUGGUGUAUCUCCCAGCUCCCUGAACCACUCAGGGUCAUCCUCAAUGCCAGCUACGACCCACUCAUCACCAAACCCAACAACAGGCACAUCGUACUUGUGUGAAUACCAACAGGUGACCAACCCCCCUAUGAACGAUCAACACACUUUUUCAUCUCAUCUUUUGUGUCCCUCAAAACAGCCACAACAAAUGUUGAAACAGGAAUUGCAGUCGUCUCCUGUAUGUUCGCAAGUCGACCAGACUGCCGUCGGGUACCCCUCGCUUCUUGAGAUGUCGGGCUUGAUGUCGCAAGGUCAGGUCAUGAACAUGAACUACGACGACGAUCACAUGUACGACGACGACGACAUGUUGAAUUGUAUUAAUUUGGACAGCCUGACGCCGACCGAAGAGGCCAACAGUCUUCCUUUACACUUCAUGCAGACGUCACAGUCUCAGCAGUCAUAUCAUCCUCCUCAGUCUGCCAUCUCUCUCAGCCAGCUUCUGGCCAAUCACACGGGUGGCAUGCAAGAGAACACGAACGUGUCGACCCUCGAUGUGUUGACGCUGUUGGCCAGAAGAGGUCUCCUCAAAAUGGAUUGAUAUCUAUUUUAUAGAGCAGAGAUUAUGGAUUUGUUUACAUAUUGUGUUGCAUGUUGUGAUUUAUGAUUUUCUCUUUGUACAGGUAGUUGCUCUAGCAAUGUUCUAAGUUUUUGGGUGUAGGUGUGUACCAAUGGUAUGAUGGAUUGGAUAGGACAGAGUGCCAGAGUAGUGUCAGGCUAUUCUGUAGAUUCUCAUUUUGUACGUUCUGUCAGUAUUAGACAGUCGUGUAUAAGUUAUUAAAUUGAUUGGAGGAAAUUAGUUUUGGAAUUAUCA